AAGCAAAGCCAUACGGCCAACCAUAUUACCAACCAGUGAAACAAAAUGAAAAGAGAAGAGACCGUCAAGAAUCGGCAUUUCUUCGCCGAUAGAAGGUGGGUCGUCCCUCUUGCCAUCGCCGGUUUCAUCGCCGGUUCCAUAGUUAUCUCCAGCUUCGUAAAAACCGCCGAUUACUCCGUCCUUUGUUCGCUCGCCAAAACCGGAUCCAUGGCCGUCGACAAGUACUCCGCCACGCCGAUCCAACUCCAAGCCAUCAUCUACUACGCCACGUCACAGAUCGUCCCCCAGCAGAACUUCCAAGAGAUCUCUGUGACCUUCGACGUGCUCAAGAAACGAUCUCCUUGCAAUUUCCUCGUCUUUGGACUCGGCUACGACUCACUCAUGUGGACUGCGCUCAAUCCCAACGGCAACACUAUAUUCCUGGAAGAGGACCAGAAAUGGGUCCAGACUGUGCUCAAAGACGCGCCAAGCCUCCACGCGCACGCCGUGAACUACCGUACGCAGCUCAAGGAAGCCGACGAUCUGCUAGCCCAUUACCGGUCGGAGCCUAGCUGUUACCCUUCGAAAGCUUACUUGCGCGGAAACGACAAGUGCAGGCUUGCCUUGACGGAGUUUCCCGAUGAGUAUUACGACACCGAGUGGGAUCUGAUAAUGAUCGAUGCGCCGCGUGGAUGGUACCCGGAAGCGCCGGGGAGGAUGGCGGCGAUAUUCUCGGCGGCGGUGAUGGCGAGGAAAAGGAAAGGGUCGGGCGUGACGCAUGUGUUCUUGCACGAUGUUAAUCGGCGAGUGGAGAAGGUAUUCGCCGAUGAGUUCCUGUGCAAGAAGUACUUGGUGAAGAGCGUGGGGAGGCUUUGGCAUUUCGAGAUCCCACCCGCUUCUAACAUGAGCAGCCCCGACAGCCGUCGGUUUUGCUAAAAUGCGCCCUUUUAGUAAAUUAUUUUUGAAAUUCUAUUUUUCCCCAAAUUUUCUUUUCAUCAGUACUACUGGUACUGCUUGGGAAAAGCGUGGAAGUAAUCUCGACCGUCAGAUUUGCAUGAUGAGAUGUACUUUUAUUUCAAUAUAAAUUUCAUGAGGUACCUAGGGUUUUCUAAGUUUCAUUACUGUAGCAUUACUAUUAAAAUAAAUACAGAAUCGGUCCUUCUUUUUCCUUAA